AUGAAAGAAUCCACACCACUCUUAUCACUUGCUACUCCUCAUCCAGAAGAAGAAGAACCUGUUGAUGUUACUGCUGAAUUCUGGAGCUUAACGUGGAUGGCAUUCCAAGUCUCCCUCUCAACCUUUGCACGUAUUGCACUUAUUUCAGUUGAUAGUGCAUAUCUUGGACAUUUAGGUACUUCAUCACUUGCUGCUGCAUCCUUAGCAUCAACGUGGACAAAUGUACCACUUGCUGGUGUUUGGUCAGGAGCUACUGCUCUUGUAACACUCUGUGGUCAAGCAUGGGGGGCAAAGAAUGGAACGUUAGCUGGUAUUUGGUUACAACUGGGUCUUGUUCUUGUCUCGUUCCUUUCACUUCCUGUCAUCCUUUGGUAUUGGUGGUGUAUUGGCUACUUGCUUGAAUUCUCCACGGAUGAUCAAGAGGUUCUCGAGCUUGGGAUACGCUUUGCACGAAUUCUAUCACUAAGUAUCUGGCCUUCCUUAAUCUACGCAUGUGUACGUCUCUAUUUUCAAUCCAUGGGGAUCAUGUCUCCUGUCACAAUUGUUGGUACUUUAUCCAUUGGUGUCGCCUGUGCUGCUAAUUCCAUUCUCAUCUUUGGCGUCUUUAACUGGAAAGGUAUGGGCUUUAAUGGUUCUCCCAUUGCAACAGUCAUUGCAGCAUGGUUCCAGCCAAUCUCUCUCAUCGCGUAUUGCAUCCUAUAUAAAAAGAUGCACUUGCAAGCCUGGGCUGGAUGGCAAGUAUCUGCGUUCACACGAGACAGACUCAAGAUGUUUAUAAGUAUUGCAGGACCAGUGGCAGCAAAUAGUAUGGUAUCCAACUUGGCCAAUUCUGCUUUGACACUUGUAGCAGCAAAGCUUGGGUCCAAUGUCAUUGCAGCUAAUGCAAUGAUCUCGGGACUCUGGUCCCUCUUAUGGGCGCUCUUUUGGGGCUAUGGCUCAGCAACGCAGAUUCGUGUGGCCAAUUAUCUUGGGGCUGGACGUCCCAAGGCUGCAAGAGUGCUCGGCUUUUUGGGAUUUCUCUGUACAGUCUGCACGGUUGUCGUCUUGGCUAUUGCUACAUUUGCCAUGCGCGAAACGCUCUUCCGCUUGUACUCGAACGAUGAUACACUCCUGCAGUUGUGUAUGCUAGUCCAGCCAAUCUUUAUCACGGGUUACAUGAUCGAGUCGGUCGAAAUCUUGAUCUCAUCCGUGCUGGCAGGUAUGGGUGAAGUCUCAGUCACGGCCUGGGUAAGCUCACUCAGUGUAUGGUGCAUUGAGCUCCCAAUUGCCUACUUUGGUGGUGUCACGUUUCGUCUCGGUUUCUCGGCGUUAUGGUACGGUGUGUGCAUGAUGGAGCUAGUCAAGCUAUCGAUCUUCACAUUUGUUUUGAUACGCAUCGACUGGGCAAAGAUGGCAAAGCGUGCGGUGAGGAACAUGGAUGCUAGUAAUGAUACAAAUGCUGGCGUUGAGCGAGAGUCGCUGCAAUAUGCCAUGACAGAAGGUGGCAACACGCUUGGCAGUCUUGCGCCAGUCGUGAGAUCUCCUGCAGCGCAAGAACUCAUGACGCCGUGUGGACGACGACGUCAAUGGGACCAAAUGGAAGACGGACCGUUGCUACGCUCGCCCUUUUUCACAAGAACGCCCCGUUCGGAUACAUUUGCUCGGGCUUAG